AUGUCGACUUCUGUUGCUUUCCGGGGACAGUUAACAUCCAUCAUGGAAAUCCUGAGCAAGACCGCCGUGGCGGAGAUAAUCAAACUUGUGGAUGAGAGCUGCGCCGUGCUGCGCUCGGAAAUGUCGCGGAGCCGCAGCGAGAACGAAGCGCUGAGGGUGAAGCUGAAGCUGAUGGAGGGGGAGCUGAGCAGGCGGCCGAAGCGGCCGGACAGCCCCCAGGAUCAGUGCGUGGAGUUACACAGCACCGUCCGCGUCCUGGACGAGGAAGAGAAAGCAAAGGACCAGCCCCCCGUGGAGGUGACUCUAUGUGGGAGGACUUGGGACAUGGAUGUCUGGGGAGACGCAGCAGGCGCGGAUCCAGCUUUAGAAGAGGACGUGCUGCAGUCUGCCUUUCCCAGGGAUGCGGUGAUGUACUGGGGGGAGGACGAGCAGGAGCCGACCCUGAUGAGGGAGAAGAAGCUGCAGGACUCCUGUCUGACCAGCGUCCCUCCCCCAGGAGGGAACAUCUGUGUCCAGGGGACAGACGCUCAGGAGAGACUUCACACUGCACAUGGCUUCAGUGAUACGGGGACUCAGGGUGCAGGCGACUGCCCCGCUUCAGAAAGAUCCCGGGAAACGGGGCUUCAGGAUCCUUAUACCCACCCCUGUACUGAGACAUCCCCUCCAGCAGGGGGCUCUGCUGUCAGCCGGUCCGCUAAAGGUUUAGCUGAGCAGAAACCCGAAGCUGACGUGCUGACUUUAGUGGUGGUUAAAGAGGAAGCUGAGAUGCAGCCUGUGUGCAGUGAGGAGGCUGCGAUAGAGGGGCUUCACGCGAAACCUGGGCAGAGCAGCGGAAGGCCGUGUGACGUCAAGGCGGAGGGCUGGGGCUCACAGCAGCAUCGGCCAUUAGACAGACAAGACAGGGAGAAGCUCCCUGUGGAAGCGAGUGCAGGGAGAGAGCAUGCAAACAGCAGUAAGCUCAGUAUCACAAAGACUCAAAGUAAGCCUGUCACAACCAAAACUACAUCAAGCGGUGCAGACGAGGAGGAAAGUACAGCCCAUCUCAAUAACCUGUUUGUACACUUUGAGCACCAAACUGGAAAGAAGCUGUUUAGCUGCACAAUGUGCGGGAAAAGUUUUAGCCAUCGCAAUAACCUCUACCGCCACCAGAGGAUUCACACGGGCGAGAAACCGUACAGCUGCAUUCACUGCGGCAAGCAUUUCGCCCAUCAGAGCAACCUGUACGAGCACCUUCGAAUCCACACGGGCGAGAAGCCAUACCGCUGCGGCGUGUGCAGCAAAUGUUUUACCCAGCAGAGCAACCUGAAACGGCACCAGCGGAUACACACGGGAGAGCGGCCCUUCGGCUGUACCCAGUGUGGCAAGAGCUUCACUCGGCACUUCUACCUUAAAAUACACCAGCAGGCUCACACGCGAGAGAAACAGGAUGGCUUCGUUAAGUUCGGGAGAAGCUGGCAUUUUUAAUUACUUUUUCGUUCAUAGGUUUCUCUAAUUAGUUAGCAUUAUCAUGAAAAUAUGCUGUAUUUUAUUCAGAAUCAUUGAAAGGGCAUCGUCUCCUAAGGGGUGAAAUGUAGCACCUGACAAAAAUUCACUGUCAUGAAAUAAAUACAUUUUUAUGCGAUUAAAGAAUUAUUGGAUGUUUUUGAAGAGACAAACCUCAAUCUCUGGUUUGCGUGAAAUGGGUGCUCUGGUUGGCCAUCCAUCUUCCAAUCACAUACUUUGGUUUGGUUUGGGUGGAGCCUGUCCCAAGCAGCAUAGCGUGCAAGGCUGGGGCACAGGUUGGCAGUCCAUCACAGGACGUAUACCUACUGUGGACAGUUUAGGGAUGCUGAUAAAUAAAUCACUAACUUUAUGGAACUAUAGAAAAGGUGUGUGCCUGAUUUGAACAAUGUGGGGUACCCAGACAGACGUCUGAUUGGGCCUUCUCCUCCUAGCCGUAGCUAAGGACACAACUUAUUUUCUGCAAGAUGUUUAUGAAUUAUUUAUAUGUUUAAAAAAAAUUCCCAUCCUUUUUUCAACGGUAGGUUUUAGUUUCCAGCUUUGCCCAUGAUUGCGGCAGACCUUAUAACUGUACAUGUAAUUUACAUCUUAAUCUGUACAUAUGUAAUUCAGGAAUUACUCUGUUGGUUAUUCUGAAGCAAUCAGGAAAAUGUUAAUUUAUUUUUAUUUCAAAAUUGGAGUUUCGACACCUUCAUUUUGGAAGAGAAAAGCAAGAUUGAUUGAGUUUAUUAAAUUUAUUUCAAAAUCGAAUAAAGCUUCUUUUGAGUCAUUGAGUCUCGUCGCCAAAUUCCCAGGAAGUUUCCGGUCCAUGAGUUCCACUUCGUGUCAUGCUCAAGAAUUCAACUUUUUAAUUCUGGUCCCAAAUGAUUAAAGCGAAUAAAGUCUCAGAUAUUUUCAGGUGAUGGGGACAUAUUGAAUAGUUUUAUUCUCUCUUUGGUCAGUGUGACUUAAAUCAUUUCAUUUGAUUUUGUAUAAGUUGGCCAUUGCAAGCCACAUUUUGUUUUAUUUACAUUUCUAUAUUUGCCAAAUGGUUUAAUGCAGAUUAGCUGGAACGUUCAUGCAUAGAGCUCACAGAAGGUCCUCCACAUAGACAUUUUCUUUUUAUUAAGUGUCAUCAUUUUUGUGACUGACUCAUUCAUUUCUGUUCUCUCCAUUUUGAUGUUAAUCACAGUUGUAGUCACUGU